ACGAAAGAAACAAAGCCUUUAAAAAAAACGGCGUUGAAAUUUUCGAGACAGAGUCGUAAUCAAACCGGCACCAUCACGUUCCCAUUCCGAUGUCAGAAUCACAGUUUUCUUGUCAUUCAUCUACUCGUAACUUCUAGUUCAAGAGACACUGAACCUUGUUAGUUACUCUGCAGAUCACGAUGGAGCCUCAACCAACUAGCAUUGCUUCCUUGAAGAAGAAAAGAAAACAGCAAGAUUCACAGCCAGAGAAGCAUCUAGCAAAGCACGUUUGUCGAGAGAAGGUAGAAGGCGAUGAACCUGCUAGAGGUUGCGAAUCAGAGCCAGAAUCCACAAACAGCAACAGCUUCCACAGCAACUGUGAAGAUUCGUUCAUGUGCAGCGAUGAUGAAGACAAAACUGAUGGAGGGUUUCAAGAAACGCCCGCUACAUCAUCUGCUAGCUGGGCUGGUACCUCUUCCGGUGCCAGCCCCUAUUCCUCGGAGAAUAGGUCAUCUGUCAAUAUAAGCACCCGUGAGCCAGAGUCCUUGUCCAUGAACGAGGAUCAACAUGAUCAGCACGAUGUGGGAUUCGGAUGGGAAGGCCACGCUGAGAUCGAGCUGUACACAGAUAAGGAGCUAGAGGAUCUGCUCUACUCGAACGGGGCAGCCCCCGGUGGUGCCUUUAUUCUUUCAUCCGGAAGGUGGUCUGUUGAUCAAGGUGCAAGAGCUAUGCAAGAGGAGGGUAAGAAAAAGCUGACAAUUGAUAAGGAGUUUGAACAAUUUUUUUCUAUGCUUAUGCUUUAGCAAAUAUUUUAGUCAUGAAUUAGGAAUAGUAUUUGAAUAAUUUCUGUAUACAUUUGAGAUUAUCAUUGCAACACACAUGAAUACAGCUUUCAAAUAA